AUGAGCACAACCACCCUGACUGGCAUCGGACGCCAUCCGUCCAUACGGCAAUCCAAUCGGGCACAAUCGCAUCGGGAUUCUAGUCCUCAUAGCCAGAGCAGUCCAAUAGACCCAUUCCCAUCAUUUAUUGACGAGACGAAAGAUGCUGCAUCCAGCGGAAAACCGCAAGAUGGGCAACUCGGACAUGAUGAUGCGUGGCAGCCCCGUAAAGCCGGGUAUGUGACCUGGAAUCACAAGCCCGCGUCGAAACACCGACCGCGCAAAAGCAUAAGCGAAACGAUCACCACGAUCAGGACAAGGAAUGCGAGCAUGAGCGCAAACGCUCAUGAGAUAGCAGAGGCCCUGAGGGCACCGGUAUCGUAUAAGUUGAUUGCCCUAUGUGUCGUUUGGUAUAUGACUUCCGCCGUCACCAACACAUCCUCUAAAUCUAUAUUGAAUGCCCUUCCUAAACCCGUUACCCUCACUAUCAUACAAUUCGCCUUUGUUUCGUUAUGGUGCUUGCUUCUUGCAUAUUGUUCGGCGCUUUUCCCUUCGUUGAAGACAUCCAUUCCUGCACUUCGUAAUGGAAUCCUGCCACCAUCCCGAGACGUGAUCGCCACGGCCCUACCUCUAGCGGGGUUUCAAUUAUUAGGACAUAUUCUAAGCUCAAUGUCGACGACGCAAAUACCGGUUUCGCUUGUCCAUACCAUCAAGGGCCUUUCACCAUUAUUCACUGUUGUGGCAUACCGCGUCUUCUUCCGGAUUAGCAACGGAGCAAUAAGCCUAACCGAAAAGAAAAACUCGUUGGAUCACGGCGCUUUGUUCUUGGAAUUCGUUUUCAACGGCGUCUCCCACUUCGCGCAAAACAUAUUGGCUUUUGUCAUCUUGUCCAUGGUUUCUCCGGUCUCGUACUCGGUGGCAUCGUUGAUCAAACGCGUUUUUGUCAUUGUUGUGGCAAUUGUUUGGUUUGGCAGCUCGACCACGUCCACUCAAGCAGUCGGUAUUUGCCUCACCUGCCUUGGCUUAUAUCUCUAUGACCGAACCAGCCACGACGAUGUGGCCGAUCAGCGGGCAAAUGCUGACCACUUCCGCAAUCGCGACUCCUCGAUCUUGCCGCUGAGUACCGCCGCAGCAGUGCGAGACUCCAAGGGUUAUAAAUUCCCACCCAUCAACGGUGACCCUCUAUCCUCAACGGACGACAAGAAAGACGACGGGCAGAAUUCCGUCCGGCCUCGAGGGACGAGCGUGUCUCGAAAUUGGCUCCCUCCCGGCACCAAGCAAGAGACAACGUGGCAACGCAGUGAUAAUUAA